UCCGAUCACGUGGUCUCUUUUCUAACUGAUCAAGCACUUCCCGCUCGCAUAUCCUUUCAAAUCCAAAUCCAAGAAUCAAAGGCAGCCGUAAGAAACUUCCUUCCUUCCUCCAUCUCACAAUUCACUCACUCACCCUCAUUUCUACUUCCCAAUUUCUUCCGGUCAUUCCAAUUGGCGUCGCCGGCGUUAUGGAAACCGAUAUUUCUCUCAUUGAAGUCGCCGGAGAAGACGAUUCUCUACUGCAACAGAUUCCAGAAGAUGAUCUUCUAAACCUCGAACGGAACACAGAGGGGAUUACAGCUGGAAACAGCGGCUUCUUCUUGUGUUCGCCUCUCUUAACUGACAGAUCCAACGGCACCAUUGCUGGUUCUUCUACUGCUUCUUCUACUGAUUAUACCGAUAAAGAAAAUAUUAAUGCAAACAAUAUAGAAGGUCCUAAGCUUAGUAUUAUGCCGCAACAGAUGAAGAAGAAGAAGAAAGCAGGAGGAUAUAAUUUACGGAAAAGCUUAGCAUGGAACAAAGCUUUCUUCACCGAUGAAGGAGUCUUGGAUUCCGUGGAGCUAUCGAUGAUCACUGGUAGUCUUAGUACAUCUUGUGGUGAAGCAUUAGGAGCAAUUGACGAAGAAAUAGAAAUACCAGCUGUGUCUAGUGGUGGCUGUUACAAUGAUUUGUCGUUGAAAGAUAAAUUAUUCAAGGAUACUUCAACUAGUACUCCUAGUGGUGGUAGAAAGAAUGGCCGUUGCUUGUUGCCAAAGCGUGGUUCAUCAACUAAAGAUAAUGUCAAGUUGAAGGAGCUAUCAGCCAAAGAUGUCAAUCGGAGUGCAUCAAAACGUGGAAGCUGUCCGCGACCGGUGGCCUCGUCGUCUGUCAAAAGGCCUACAAUCUCAACUACAACAAAAACUGUGAACAAAGAAGAGAGAAUUUCCAAAAUUCCAGUUCCAAAACGGGAUCCUGCUGUUCUCUCUAGGGCUCCAAGGAAUGCUGCUACUGUACGUCCAAAUGAUGCAAAGAGUAAUCAGGUUGCUCAAAGAGUUAAUCAGGUUGCUCAAAGAGCUGGAAAUAAUCCAAAAAUGACUACGUUAAAGGGUUCGUCGGUCAAUGCAAAAAGGGCAUUAAACAAGGAUGUCAAUGCAAGCAAAUCUUUGAAGGCUAAAACCACAAUUGAACAACCGAGAAGAAAAUUGGCCAACCCAGUAUUAAAAGUGGAUUCCUCUCGUUCACAACACGAAUCUACCGAUUCAAAUGAGGGGUUAAAGGCGGCCAAAAAUUCAUUAAUUUCAAAACCUCUUCCUUCAAAUGAUGACGACGCCAAGAAAGUUUCUGCUUCCAUUACUCAAAACGCUCCCCCUGAUGGUCGCAAAAUCCUUAAUCAAAUCCAAAUGCCAAAGCCAUCUGGUUUGCGAAUGCCAUCACCGUCUAUGGGAUUUUUUGGUCAGAAAAAGUUUUCUUCUUUCCAAAGCGUGCUCCCAGAUACUCCAGAAUUGCACGAUCUGUCUAAAUCGAACAUUCCCAAUGUGCGAAUAGCUGGUCCUUCGAAUCCUAUUUGUCAGUUGGCAACACUUGUACCUAGGAACACUUUGAAAGCAAACCAUGGUGAGGCUUAUGGAGAAACUAAUGUAGUUUCAUGCUUAAGUUCGGGUAGUUCACUAGAACCUUUUUCCCAUGAUAGAGCGAAGUCCGCCUUGAAAGUAGCUAACAUUGUUGGCGCUUCAACAAUGAACAAGGUUUUGAGCGCCCAUGGACUGGAGAAGCCUGAUGUUCGGUCCCUUUCUAAUCCCGUGCUGGAACAUCUUGGAGAUGUUGCUAGAAUACAAGAUGAGAUUCACGACCAAUUAGAGGAGUGCCAACCCCAUCAUGUGUCAUUUAACAACUUUGGUGACCCUACCAAAUCACAUCUUGAUGAAACAAUCGAUUUGUGCUCACAAGGUAUCCGAAAGGCUCUCGACAAUCAGUUAAGUGGUGCACAAGAUUGCAAUGAACAAUCUUCCGAGCAAGUUGAGUUUACAAACUCUUCCAAUUGCAAGAAUGAACGAAUUUCUCCUGAUCACGACCAAUUAGAGGAGUGCCAACCCCAUCAUGUGUCAUUUAACAACUUUGGUGAUUCUACCAAAUCACAUCUUGAUGAAACGAAAGAUUUGUGCUCACAAGAUAUCCAAAAGGCUCUCAACAAUCAGUUAAGUGGUGCACAUGAUUGCAAUGAACAAUCUUCCGAGCAAGUUGAGCUUACAAACUCUUCCAAUUGCAAGAAUGAACGAACUUCUCCUGAUCACGAGAGGUUAGGAAUUGGAACUUGUAAUUCACUAAAGAGAAGUAGAAGUUCAAUAGAAUUUGAUCGUGGUAGAUUUGAAGAUGUUAGUAACAAUUCUAAUGGUCAAGAUAGCUGUUCAUUUGAUCAGGAUGAAGCCUUAGAUCCUCAUAAAAUGAGAAUAUUACGGACAAGGAAAGCAGAAGCAUCUGACAUAGAUCAAUGCAUUUCAAAUGAAUGCAACAACGCUAUGCAGGCCACUACUGCAGACUCAAUGCAUGUAGAUGAUGAAAAACCAACUGCUCCAAUGUUGAAUAGUAAACCAUUGCAAGGAUGUUCUCUAGUGUCUCAGAAUGAUUCUACUUCCUGUGAGAAUGAGGGUUUGACAAGAGAAAGCAAUGAAGUCCUUGAAAAUAAAUUGUACAGGGAGAAUGAUUGUUCUUCAAUUCCACAUUCAAAAGCAGAUGCUUGUGUAGAUAGCAGCCCAGUUGAUAGGAAUUGCAACAAUCAUACAGAUGAGAUGGUAGACAUCGGAUCUGAUAUGCAUCAGAAUAACACUUCCUCAGGAAAAGAAAGGAAUCAGAAUGAUCAAGGUUCUGAAACUCUACCAAUAAGCCAAGACAUACGUUUGAGUGAUACAGAAAAUCAGCUGUAUGAAGAAGUCCAUGUACACAUUGGAUCUGAGCAUGUACAGACUGAAGACGAACAAAAUUCUCCGGUUCUAGUUAAUGGUUUUAAUCAACUACCUGGAUUUUCUGAACUUCAAAAUUGUUGCAUCAACCAAGGGAACUGCUCAAUUGAUGACUUGCUGCAUAGAAGCAAUUCUGAAGAGAACAACGAAGAAAUUAUCAUUGAUAGUUCUGAUGUAUGCCCGCCAGAAUGUCUUAGUGAUUGUAAUCCGAUGGCAUCACCCAAGGAUAAUAGCAGUAUACAUCAGAUAUGUGAAACAAGGACAGAUGACAACAUUUUAAUGUCCUUGGAGAUUGAAGCAUCAUUAAGAAGGUCAAGUUGUUCAACUGCUAAAUCAUCCGACUUUGACAAAAUAAGUGGUGAAGUUACAUUUGAGACAAUGAGUAGAGAAAUUAUGUCUGAUGCAAGAACGACCUGCAAUGAUCUGUCAUUUUGUUCUCCAACUAAAGAUUUGGGUUUGUCAAUACCCAAUAAACUAGACAAUCAUAAGUCUCUAGAGAUGAAUGGAAACACACCCUCUAAAAACAAAAGUGAGCUCAAUAGUGAAAUGGAUCAGUUACUUGACACUAAAAUGUGCAGUACACACAAUGAUAAUGCACGAUCAGAAGCAAGAACAACUUGCAACGAUUCAUCAUUUUGUUCAUCGACUAAAGAUUUGGGUUCAUCAAUACCCAAUGAUGACAUGUUGUCAAGGGAAAAUAGAGAACAGUAUAUGGAAGCUAAAGAACUAGAGAAUCAAAAGAUGAAUGGAAACACACUAUUUCAAAAUGAAAGUGAGCUCAACAGUGAAAUGGAUCACCUACUUGACAUUGAAAUGUGCAGUAUAUACAACGACAAUGCACAAUCAGAAGCAAGAACAACUUGCAACAGUUCAUCAUUUUGUUCAUCGACUAAAGAUUUGGGUUCAUCAAUACCCAAUGUUGACAUAUUGUCAAGGAAAAAUAGCGAACAAUAUAUGGAAGCUAAAGAACUGGAGAAUCAAGAGAUGAAUGGAAACACACUAUUUCAAAACGAAAGUGAGUUCAACAGUGAAAUGGAUCACCUACUCGACAUUAAAAUGUGCAGUAUAUACAACAACAAUGCACGAUCAGAAGCAAGAACAACUUGCAACGAUCCAUCAUUUUGUUCACCGACUAAAGAUUUGGGUUCAUCAAUAUCCAAUGAUGACAUAUUGUCAAGGGAAAAUAGUGAACGACAUAUGGAAGCUAAAAAAUUGAAGAAUCAAGAGAUGAAUGGAAACACACUAUUUCAAAACGAAAGUGAGCUCAACAGUAAAUUGGAUCACCUACUUGACAUUGAAAUGUGCAGUAUAUACAAUGACAAUGCACGAUCAGAAGCAGGAACAACUUGCAACGAUUCAUCAUUUUGUUCACCGACUAAAGAUUUGGGUUCAUCAAUACCCAAUGAUGACAUAUUGUCAAGGGAAAAUAGUGAACGACAUAUGGAAGCUAAAGAAUUGAAGAAUCAAGAGAUGAAUGGAAACACACUAUUUCAAAACGAAAGUGAGCUCAACAAUGAAUUGGAUCACCUACUUGACAUUGAAAUGUGCAAUAUAUACAACGACAAUGCACGAUCAGAAGUAGGAACAACUUGCAACGAUUCACCAUUUUGUUCACCGACUAAAGAUUUGGGUUCAUCAAUACCCAAUGAUGACAUAUUGUCAAGGGAAAAUAUUGAACAGUGUAUGGAAGCUAAAGAACUGGAAAAUCAUAAGUCUCCAGAGAUGAAUGGAAACAUACUGUUUCAAAAUGAAAAUGAGCUCAACGGUGAAAUGGAUCGACUUCUUGAUACUGAAACGUGCAGUGCAUACGACGGCAAUUCACUAUCACUGGAGCUAAGGAAGUCUGAGGAUGUCGGGAAGCAAAAUGCUCUGGGAAUUAUAACUUCAACAAAUGCCGUUCCGUUUUCUGAAGAAUGGUUGGCUGCACUUGAAGCUGCAGGAGAGGAAAUUCUGACCAUAAAAACCGGAGCUGUACAAAAUUCACCUCCCGACAAGUCUCAACCUGAACCAGGCCCAUGGUCUCCGGUGAAACGGAAAAAUAAUCAAGGGAUCGGACCGUUCGACUGUACAAAAUGCACCAAAGCGGGCCGAACUCCAUAAGUCCCGUCAGCCAGAUGCCCUUCCUUCUCUUCUUUUCCACUAACGGUCUGACUUCUUCUUCUUUUAUCACAAAAAUGUAUACAAUCCCGAGAUGGGUAGCUUGGGCGGUCAAAAAAAUUAUCUGUUCUUUCCUUUCAUGUUGAACUCAUGAUAACAUUUAACAACAAAAUUCUUUGUUUAGACUCCAAUUGC